CGUGUGUGAGCGAAGUCAGAUAUUUUUCAUUCUGGUCGUACGAUUGACUCAUUCGUAAUACAGAUUCACGGGAUUUUUGUUGCUUUUAAACUAUAUUUACGACGUCGUCGUCGUCCGUGUGUAUUUACAAUAUUCCGCCAGCGGGUCUAUUCGUGUUCAAUUUAUUAUAAUUAAAUUUGAUUAUUUGAUUUGCUCGCAGCAGUGCCGUUUGUCGCGAACGUAUGUGAUUUGGCGAGGGCCGUGCGGAAGGGAUCAGUGAAGAAAAAACCUUGCUUAUUCUCGAACUUGCGGAUCGAAAAAUUUUCUGCUGCCAGAAAUCGAUUGCUGUUUAAUCAGCUGGGCGGACAAGAUUAUGGUGAUAUAUUUCUAUGAUGUGAAGUGUUGACGACCGAAGCAUGUAAUCAGCAUGAUGAAAAUAUUGAUUGUGGCGAAGGCGAAGACGAAGAUCGUUCGAUAAGGCUCAGGCUGCUACAACAACGAAAACGGUCCGCGAAUUGAUAAGGUUCGACGUCGUUGGCGACGAGAUAAAGGAAAAACCAUGAGCACCGAAAGUUCGGAUAAGUCGAGCUCAGUAAACGACGCGAUGAGUCCCGGUGGAGCUGCGGCGGCCGCAGCAGCAGCAGCUGUUAAAAUAUGUAGCGUUUGUGGGGACAAAGCGUUGGGGUACAACUUCAACGCAAUGACCUGCGAGAGUUGUAAGGCAUUCUUCCGGAGGAAUGCUCUGUCGACCAAGGGAUUCACGUGUCCCUUCAGUGAGAGUUGCGAAAUUACGGUCGUCACGCGGCGGUUUUGUCAAAAGUGUCGGCUGGAUAAGUGCUUUCAGAUCGGUAUGAAGAAGGAAUAUAUAAUGUCAGAGGAGGAUAAAGCUCGAAAGCGGAAGAAAAUCGAGGAAAACAGAAAUAAGCGAGCGAAUAAUGGGACUGGUUCCAGUAAUCGUGCAAAUUUUCCGGGCGGAGCAAUGGGAGGUGGAUUGCUGGAGAAUGAUUUGCCCAUGAAGAUCAAGCGGGAGGGCACGGAAUCGGACUGUUGGAGUAAUUCCUCGGACUAUAUUAUGUCACCGGAGAUGAUGCAUCAGCAGAACGGCUCCAGCAGUCUAUCGAUUCCGUACAACAGUGGACUGGCUUCGCCGAAUGAAGUCAGCAAUUCUUCUAGCUCUUCGCACAACAAUCUGACUCACAACGUUGCGACGGAAGGGGCAGAUCUCUUAUCAGCAGCUAUGACGGCAGUGUUGCCAGCUCAGUCCCAGCUAGAAUCCGUGCAUUCGACUCGUAGCGGUGAACCUCUCCUGCCAGCCCUGUCGCUCGAUUCCAAUGCAGAUGACAUCGUCAAUAGGAUUGUCCAGUACCCGACCCAGGCCAGCCAGACGAUUGCCUCUCUCAUGAAAACCCCGAAAGACGCCGUUUUUAUCAUGUCAAAAAUUAUCAAUUCCCAGUGUGAUGCAUUGAAACUGAUAUCGCACUUUAUAACGGCACCUGGUGAUGCAUUGCAAAUUAUCAGCAAGAUAAUGAACUCCCCGUUAGACGCUCUAACGGUGUUUGCUCAGUUCAUGAGCUCCCCGACCGACGCCCUGCAAAUCAUUGGGAAAAUUAUGAGCUCUCCGGCGGACGUGCUCCAAUUUAUGCAGCAACUCAUGAACCAGCCGGAGGACGCCGUUCAAAUCAUGAACAAGUUUAUGAAUGCCCCGGCAGAAGCUCUUCAGAUGAUCAACAAAAUGAUGAACCACUCGGAUGUGAUCGAAACCAUCAAAGAAGCGGCGGACACCUCACAGCAUGACGACGAAGAUCCACCACCAGACCCUCCCCAAGUCACCCCUCAAACAUCCAACAGCGCCGCGGCCUCCCCAUCCUCCACCUCCCAUUGUAACGAAAUGACCCCCCAAUUCGAUCCAUUCCUGUUUAACUCCACCCCGGAGCCCUCAUCCGACCCAGUACCUCCGGACACGGAUUUCCCAAUGUUCCAAGAACCGGACAACGCCAAACCCACAUCCUAUUUCCCAAACACGCUGGAAGCGGUCCUAGAGCAAGCCAUCCGUCUGGAGUACGAGGGUUACAACGGGUCCUCUCUUAGUGGUGGGUCCAGCAGUGGGGGCAGUGGUGGAUCUUCAACGAGCUCUUCGCAGCAGUCGCAGAUAGUGGGAAACAGUAUUGAGUUGAACGAUGCCGAGCGGGCCAAACUGAACGAGCUGAUUGUGGCCAACAAGGCACUCUAUGCACCGGUGGACGAGGAUUUGGCGUCGCUGAUCUCCGAGGACUGCCGGAUAAAGUCCAACCAAAACCAACAGGAUCCGAUGCUGCUAAAGGUGAUAAACCUCACGGCGAUCGCCAUCCGGCGACUGAUCAAAAUGUCCAAGAAAAUCAGCGCAUUUAAAAACAUGUGCCAAGAGGACCAGCUCGCGCUGCUCAAGGCCGGCAGCACAGAGAUGAUGAUCCUGCGCUCGGCCAUGCAAUACGACUGUGAUAGAGCUAGUUGGAAGAUUCCCCACAGCCAGGAGGAGAUGUCCAACAUCCGGGCGGACGUGCUCAAGUUGGCCAAGGGGAACGUCUACCAGGAGCACGAACAAUUCAUACGUACCUUCGACAAAAAGUGGCGUUCCGAUGAGAACAUCAUUUUGAUCAUGUGUGCCAUCACGCUGUUCUCGCCGGAUCGCCCCAAGACGGUGCACUCCGAUGUGAUAAAGCUGGAACAGAAUUCCUACUACUACCUGUUGCGGCGCUACCUGGAGAGCAUCUACCCGGGCUGCGAGGCGCGUUCGAUCUUUCUCCAGCUGAUUCAGAAAAUCUCCGAACUGCACCGGUUGAAUGACGAAAUCAUCAGCGUCUACCUGGACGUGAAUCCGGCCCAGGUCGAGCCACUGCUGCGGGAGAUUUUCGAUCUGAAGGUUCACUGAACGUGAGCGCGCGAGCCCCAGCAUCACAAAAUACCUAUGUUCAGUGUCUAACUACUAAGUACCAACUACCUAUGCGAUAGUGUUGUAGGGAAGCUACCUUCUAAAAAUGCCUACGUUAGGAAUGUCAAGUUUUCAGAUUUCAUAGCUGGUUCUAAUGAAAACGCAACGGGAAAAGCUUAUGUUCUAGUAUAUCGUACGUACUCGUAGGCGGUUAUACGUGAGAAUGCCUAGUGAAUGUUCGUUUAAGAAGCUUUAAUGGAUUAAUAUAUAGUGUUUAUGUAUUUAUAGAUGAUAUAUAUUUUUACAGUCAUUACAAGUUGGAACCAGAUUUCAGCAGAAACAGUACUAAUGUGUAGCAACGUAGUAAGAAGAAAGAUUGUUAUCGUUCACAAGCAAUCAAUGAACACGGAAAAGUUUACAAAAUAAAUUGCAACGUUAUCUUCAUUUCAAA